AGUCACUCCUGUUUUAAAGCGAUGUGUCAUAGUCACUCCUAUCUCAUGUAUAUAAAACCGACAGCAUUUUAUCAGAUCGGAACCGAUGAUAUCAACAACACACCGAGGUCAAGAUUGGCAUUAACAGCUUUAUUUUGCUGCGAUGGCGUUGAACCAGGAAGCUGCACUAAGAGAAAAACUUAAUCAGCUUCAGUGCCACUUCACCUGGGGUCUCCGGGAAGAGGACACUGAUCUCAGUGACCUGCAAAAUAGACUGGAGGAUGAUAUCAAUUUCAGUUCACCUGAUCAAGCCGGGGGCAAGCACUUAUUUAGCUUUUUGGCUUUUGUGAAUUAUUUGCAAGACCAGCCAGAAAAAGCACUCGCUAACUUGGCAAAGGCUGAAGACCACAUUCGUAAACACAACGAAGAAUGCGAGAAGAUGCUCAUUGUAACAUAUGGAAACUUUGCAUGGCUGUACUACCACUUGAACGACCAUGUAAAAUCCAUGAGUUAUCUGGAGAAGGUGGAAGAUAUUAGGCAGCGAUUUCCAACACAGUCUCCUACUGCUUUUCAUGCGGAAGUCUACGGAGAAAUGGGAUGGACCUUCCUCAUGUAUUCUAGGAUGUACCACGAGAAAGCUAAAGAGUGCUUUGAGAAAGCCUUGAAAGAGUAUCCAGACAAUCCUGACUGGAACUGUGGUUAUGCUACAGCGCUGUACCGGGCUGAAUAUGAGAGCAACACAACUGCAGAUUCACCAGCUGGUUCAAAUGCAUAA